AUGCCACGAGCGGCCGGGUCUGGAGCUGGACAGCAUGAACGUCAGCGUCAGCGCAGAAACCCAGCAGCCGGAGGAAUCGACAACAAGGAGAUCACUCGGGAUGGUGUGUUUUUAGGUUCUCCUGGGGUUAAAAAUACUAACCAAUUUGUGGACAAAAUCACCAUUAUGCCUGGUCGAGAUUUUGGGCGCAAGGAUGAGGCAUGGUUUUUGCUCCACAAGAUUGCCAGCAUGGUUGAGCCUAUUAUGCGAGAGCACGGGUUUCGUGUGCGACACUUGGCUGAGUUUGAUCGGCCAGAGCUUUUAGGAAUGAACAUGAACCGAGGGGCCAAAGUGUGGCUACGACUUCGACAUAAUGGGGCAGCAAGACGAAACGAGUUUCUGCCGUUGGGGUCUUUAUUAGGAACUAUGUUACACGAGUUGACUCAUAAUAAGAUUGGUCCACAUAACGAUGCGUUUAAUAGGUAUUGGAGGGGAAUGGUGGCGGAUCUUGAGGCAAGAAUGGCCAAGGGGUUCACUGGAUCUGGGUUCUAUAGCACAGGGAAACGAUUGGGAGUUACUCCAGGAGACAAAAACGGAUCGAGGAUGGGUGUUGGCCGGGUAGAGGCUGAAUCGGCAUUUAAUGGGACAGGUCGACGAUUAGGCGGCAGUGGCAGUACUGGUAGUAAUAGUGAUACCCGAGUAAAACCAUUACGGAACAACCGAAAGCAGAUGAAGAAUUUGAUUUUAGCGGCUUUAGAGAAACGGUUGGUAUUCCCUGAGAAUAAGAGUGAUGACAGCGAAACAGGAGAAGAUGAAGAUGAAGAAAAAGAUAAAGAAAAAGGAAAUAGCGACGGACUUAGAGAUGAUGAUCUUCGGGUUUUAGAAACACGAAUAAAACCCGGUGCUUAUGCUACGCUUAAGAUUGAAAUGGCAGACCAUGGCGAUGACGAUGUGGAGAUCACUGGGACGAGCAAUGCACCUGAAGAGACUAGGGCUCGAUUUGAGAAGAUUGCAUCUGCUGAGGCUGCUGUAAAGAAGGAGCGAUUGGAUAUUGUUGAUUUGACAGGUGAUGAUGAUGAUUAG